AAAACAACUGGAUGCCGAGCUUCCGGUUUUGCUGGUCCGUCAGAAAAAUCCCUCCGUGAGCAAAUGUAGUGGAGGAAGAAGAGGGUAUGGCGACAAUGAUUGAGGAAAAUGGUCCUUCGAGUCAUGAGCAGCCUGAAGUGUCCUCAUCCUCCCAGGCUCGGCAGAAACUCGAGGGGCUGCUUAACAAGAACAUGAGGAUCCGCAUGACAGACGGACGGACUCUGGUGGGGCUUUUUCUCUGCACAGACCGGGACUGCAACGUCAUCCUCGGCUCGGCUCAGGAAUUCCUUAAAUCCACAGACACGUUCUCUCAGGGUGAACCCAGAGUCCUGGGCCUGGCCAUGAUCCCCGGUCACCACGUGGUGUCCAUCGAGGUGGAGGCAGACAGUCUGGAUGACACACAAGGAUUCGGGGGGAACCACUGACGAAGCCCUGCCUGUUCGGACGACACUCGGCCUUCACGUGACUGACUGUCAUGGAGCCAGAUGUGAGGCUGCAGCUGAGCCUGGAGAAGAAACUGACAUCUUCACUGGGAGCAUUUUAUCAGCUGCUCGGCACCCACAGAUACAGAACUCCUCUGUCAGUAUUCUGGAUUUAACCAAGUCCCUCCAUGCUUGUAGAGGGGUCAUUCGCAGUGACAGCUGUGCAGUACAGCAUGCGUGUAUGAUGAGAUGUGGGCAAACAGCAGCUACCUGGAUGUGUGUGGAAAUGGUGUUUCAUGGUGUGUACGGUAAACAUCUUUGUUAUAGUGUGUUUUAAAAAUAAAUCACUGUAUUUGAG